AUGAUGAGUUCUCGCAUUUUGCAGACAAAAUUUCCUAGCGUUGUUGAUGGAUUUAUUGGAGCAAUUGGCCGUACGCCUUUAAUUCGUCUUGAUGCUCUUUCGAAAGAAACUGGUUGCAACAUUCUUGCAAAAGCUGAAUUCCAAAAUCCUGGUGGAAGUGUAAAGGACAGAGCUGCUUACUAUGUGGUGCGAAAUGCUGAGAAGAAUGGCACAUUGCAUCGUGGUGGCACUGUGGUAGAAGGUACCGCAGGUAAUACAGGAAUUGGACUUGCUCAUAUUGCCAGGGCUCGUGGAUAUAGAUGCAUCAUCUACAUGCCCAACACCCAAUCUCAAAAUAAAAUCGAUACCUUAAAGUACUUGGGAGCUGAGGUGUAUCCAGUUCCUGUUGUCCCGUUCACGAAUCCACAAAAUUUUAACCACCAAGCUCGUCGUCAUGCCGAGUCGAUUCCAAACGCUGUUUGGACUGAUCAAUUUGAUAAUGUAGCCAACUUGCAAUCUCAUUACGAAACCACUGGACCUGAAAUCUGGGAACAGACAGGCGGUAAAGUUGAUGGCUUUACUUGCUCUACCGGUACCGGUGGUACGUUAGCUGGUGUCACCAAGUUCUUGAAGGAAAAAUCGGAAGGUCGCGUUUCUUCCUUCAUAGCUGAUCCUCCUGGAAGUGUCUUAUACAGUCAUUUUAAGACGAAGGGCCAAAAGCCCGAUAACAGUGGUUCUUCCUUUACCGAGGGUAUCGGUCAAGGUCGUAUCACUGGAAAUAUGCAGCAUAUUUAUGGCUUAUUUGACGAUGCUUUGAGAAUUCCCGACGAAUCAUCUAUUAAUAUGUUAUAUCGUCUGUUAGACCAAGACGGUAUAUUUUUGGGAGGCUCUUCUACCUUGAACGUUGUUGCCGCUGUCGAGAUGGCAAAGAUUUUGGGUCCUGGUAAAACUAUUGUCACCGUUCUUUGUGAUACAGGUCAUAAGUACGCUACAAGAUUGUUCAGUCGUUCUUUCUUGGAAACGAAGGGAUUGUACGACGCAAUCGAACCCCAAUACAAAAAAUACAUUGUAUUGGCUUAA